ACCACCGCCGCCACGAUGUUCACCAUUAAUUGCCCCAACACCACCACCACCGCCAUCAAUUGUGCCACCGCCGCCAUCAAUGGCACCACCACAGCCAAUGGCACCACUGCCAAUGGCACCACCACAACUGCCAUUAAUCGCGCCACCACCGCCGCCACCAAUUGCACUGCCUCCAGCGCCACCAACUGCACUGCCUCCAUCGCCACCAACUGCACCACCACCUCCACAGAAUGCAGCACCACUGUUGCUGCCACCAACUGCACCGCCUCUAGCACCACCAACUGCACCGCCGCCCGCACCACCAACUGCACUGCCACCAACUGCACCACCGCCACCAUUGUCACCGCCACCAACUGCACCACCGCCACCAACUGCACCGCAUGCAAUGCCACCAACUGCACCACCACCGCCACCAACUGCACCACCGCCACCAUUGUCACCGCCACCAACUGCACCGCCUGCAACGCCACCAACUGCACCACCACCACCACAUAAUGCACCACCACUGUUGCCGCCACCAACUGCACCGCCGCCAGCACCACCAACUGCACCACCACCACCACCACCGAAUGCACCACCAUUGUCACAGCCACCAACUGCAUCGCCUGCAAUGCCACCAACUGCACAACCACUGCCGCUAACGCCACCAACUACACCACCACCGCCACCAACUGCACCACCACCACCACCGAAGGCACCACCAUCGUCGCCGCCACCAACUGCACCGCUUGCAACGACAUCAACUGCACCACUGCCAACGCCACCAACUACACCACCAGCGCCACCAACUGCACCACCACCGCCAUCGAAGGCACCACCACCGUUGCCGCCACCAACUGCACCACCUGCAACGACAUCAACUGCACCACCGCCAACGCCACCAACUGCACCACCACCGCCACCAACUGCAGUAGCACUGCCACCAAUUGCACCAGCACUGUCACCAAUUGCACUACCACUACCAAUUACACAAUCAAAAGCGAGACGCACACCACCACCAGUGAUUUCAGACCAUGUUUCAGAUGUGUGGCGAGCACUGGAUGUGAGGGCGAUGGUUCUUUUGAGCCUGCUCUCACAAAUCACUCUCUUUGUCUUGGGAAAUCGUAGAAAGCACAGUGUUAGCCCUGUCAACAAAUCGAUUCUCUGGUUAGCCUACCAAGGCAAAGAUUUGAUCAGCAUUGCUGCUCUUGCUAUGAGACCGGAUCACUAUGAUUACCUCUGUUAUAAGGAGUAUCCCCUGCCCUUCAAAACGAGAAUGAGAACCUAUCUAAGGGACACCAAAAAUCAAGUCAAGUCAAUUCUGCAAGGCUGGCUUGAAAGUGACAAGCUAAGGAGUGGUAAUCAUUUGACUCAUUUCGACAUAGCUGUUGUAGAACUGGGAUUUAUAUUUGAUGUUGUUUACACAAAAACUCCUUUGAUUUAUACUUGGAAAGGAUGCAUCCUGCGCCUCAUCAGCUUCACUCUUUCUAUUGGAACUCUGCUUUUCUUCAUCUUCCAGUUAUCAUUCGGGGGUUUGAUGCUGAACAAAAUAGAACCACGUGAUGUUUUCUUAACAAUGUGCAUGUUGGUUGAAACUGUUGCACUGGAUAUUUGUUCUGUGCUCUCAAAUCUUUGUUCUGAUUGGGGAGUAAUUUUUAUGUAUGACAAAUGUUCGGCACCCAAAAUUCUCCAGUAUGCCUUGCAAUACUUUCCUUGCUUCUUAAGUCAACAGAAGGAGCGGUCAGCUUGGAUGGGACAAUUUGAUUUGUUGGAUUAUUGCUGGAAUUCUAGGAUGGUCGGGGUUUAUAGGUUUCUACAAAAGCACUGUAGCGGUGAUAUUCUUGAAAAUUGUCUUAGGUCAAAGCAUACCAAAUUUGUGGAAGUUCCAAGCUCUUUGAAGCCAAAAGAGGUUUACCAAAGUCGGCUAGAUUCCUUCUUCGUCUCGAGUGAUUCCUUUGAAGCAACAAGGGGGCAGAGGACGCUUGUUGAACUGGGGGAGAGAAUAUCUGAUAUACGUGCUGACCUCGAAUGUAGCAUCAAAAUCCACUUUGAUGCUAGUAUCAUAGUCUGGCACCUGGCCACAAGUAUUUGUUACCAUCAAGAUUUGGAGAAUCCCAAUAAUGCUUCCAAUGAAGCCAUGAAGAUCAGCAAAUAUUUGUCAGAUUAUAUGAUGCAUUUGCUGGUCAUGCGACCUGCUAUGCUACUGACUGACGAUUGUCCGAGUUCCUCGUUGGAUUGUGCUCUUAAUGAGCUCACGGUCCUUAUAUCUGAGGCAUCAAAUAAGGUCCCUAUAUCUGAGGCAUCAAAUAAGGACGCUGCUGUGUAUUCACUGUUGCAGGACCUGCCCGAAAUCAGUGCCGAUACUGCGAUGGAGGAUCUGUCAAACAUAAGUGGCGAGAAUGGAAUGAAGAAUCUGCCAAAGUAUGCGGGAUACCUGGCCACAAAAUUGAACAGAAAUGGAGAUAAAUGGGAGCUGAUAAAAGCAAUGUGGAUUGAAAUGCUUCUUUAUGCAGCACAUUCGGACCAGUAUAUAAACAAUGUUAGGCAGCUGGCAGAAUACGGACGAGAAUUCAUUAGCAUAAUCUGGGUCAUGGGAAGCUAUAGUGUCAUACGAGAAGUGAUAGAGGAGGAUUGUGUAAAGUAGGAGUAGCCAUUAUGCUCUCAGACUUUGCUGAAGAGAAUUUAUGGGUGUUCAGUGUUCUUGUGUAUUUGAGAAAGUGUGCCAGUAUUGAUGCAAUUAGUAUCAUUGUUUCUUGUGCAGUCCCUUUUCCAAAUUUUUUUUUUUUUUUUGAUGGUGUGUUUCUUGUGUAAUCUAGUUCUUGGACUUGAAAUAAAUAUCGGACAAUUGC